AUGAUUGCCAAGCGCUCUCUACUCAACAAGCGCAGAAGAAAUUACGUUGACAAGUUUAAGGUCACCUCCAACUUGCGUGCUUCCCCCCUUCGCAUCACCAAAAAAAAAUCCAAGCAAUUCGAUUUUCCUCUGAUCUUGGACUACCUUUAUGAUGACAAUUCUGUCCAUUCACCGAGUCUCUCGUCUGCACAGUCUCUCUACGAAAGCAUAGCCUGGAAUUUCAUACCAACGGAUCCACGUGUGCUGGCCGAUUUCGGUUUCGAUAAACUCGCCACACGCAGCGAGAAAGGUCAUCUUGUGAGACUCUAUCAGGACCUACGGUUGUUUAGAGUCUCGGCCGAUGAACUCCAUCUAUGGCAGGUAGAGGGUACCUUGGUUGCCAAUAUCAAGCAAGCAUACUACCAGAUGCCUGAUAGUCACCGAGGAGUGUCCUUUUCGUGGUUUUUGAAGCAUACUUGGGUUCUGGAGACGUCACCGUCAUCGGAGGAGCUGGUGUGUCAUGCUUUCUUUCGUUGCAAGGGUCUAGAUUCAACACCUAUCUACAGCACAGAGACCAGCAUGUAA